AUGGCAGGCGAGACUGCAGCAGCUUCAACCCCUCCGCAAGCGUACCAGUCACCAGCAGCAGCACCAUCAUCAUCCAAACCAGCCACGGCGGGCCCCUCGACACCCGCAGCCCGCACAUCCACACCGCUCCCUACCACGCCCGCCGCGCCGCCCAAUGCCAGCCCCACCCCCACCCCGGCACCCACGACCAACCCCGCGACCCCGGCAGCGCAGAUAGCGUCCCCGCCGUCGACGCCGGGCUCGGCCCAGCAGCCUGCCCCCGCUGCCAGACCACGACGCGACGAACCGGGCCCAAGCGUCCCUGCGAAGCGGAAGCGCGCACUCGCCGCCCUCGAGUACACCGAGGAUGAGAUUGCCCAAGUCGAGCAGCGCGCCGAGGCCCUGGGAUUGGCGCUAGCCCUGGACCAGCACGAGACAUUGUUUCCCGAACAGCCGAACAGGUUCGCAACCUACGAGGAAGCAUUUGACAGGCUGCUGCCAUACCAUGUUUGGCAGAUCCACGACGAGGAGCUCGCCGUUCCGCCAACCGAGGAGGAAGGUCUAAAGGAGUCGGGCGAGCUUGUGUACCGCAUUAUCAACAUCCGAGACCGCUUUGCCAAAGCCCGACGGCUGGAGGGGAAUCACAUGGCCGACCUGCCAUCAAUGAUCAGCUUCCUCCAAUCGUCAACGGCACAAGUCCGUGAAGAGCUUCAGGUUGUGCAAGCCAACCUCAAGAUCGAGAAGGGCAAGUGGGACGCCAUCGAGGCGGAGCGGCGCAAGGCCGAGGAGGCCGUCCGUGCCAAGGAGCUGGAGAAGCUGCGCCUCGAGGAAGAGGCGCGCAAGAAGAUCGAGGACGCCAAACGCAAGGAGGAGGAGGCCAAGAGGCGAGCAGAGGAGGCCAAGCGGCGAGCGGAAGAGGCCAAGCGGCGGGAGGAGGAGACACGGCGGCGAGAGGAGGAGGCACGCAAGCAGGCCGAAGCUGCGCGCGCAGCGGCGUUGGCGGCGCCUCCACCACCCGCACCCCCCGUGCCCGUCGUCGCUGCACAGGCUGGGCCAUCAGUGGCGACACCGGUACCGGCGACAGCAAGUGCACUGGCAGCGCCCAACGUCGCGCCCGUUGUUGCAGCCGCUCCGCUCGCCGCCCCUCAUGUUGCCCCAGCAGUGCCGGCAGUUGCGGCGGUGAGCAUGCCCACCGUCCCAGUUGCUACGGCUACUGUUCCGGCUGUCGCUCGUCCGCCAGCCCCUGCCACUCCUGUAGCUGCCGUCGCAGCUGUCAAGCCAGCAACUGCAUCGACCCCAGCAACACCAACUGCACCCGUGCGUGGCCGACCACGAGGGCGACCCCGUGGUCGGGGGCGCGGUGGCGCAACCCAGCCCGCAGUUAGCCAUGUCACGCCCGGGCAGCCGUCUACAGCGGCUCCAGCAGCGCCUGCUGCUGCCAGCAGUGCCCAGGCCCGACCACCGGCAGCCGCUGGAACACCAGUCAAGAGCACCCAACAGCCCAUCAUCAUCACCGUUGCAAUGAAUCUCAUCCCACAAUUUGUACAAAGCCGCAUCAUUGUCCUCCCCGCCGACCCCGCAGGGCCAAAGGCGCCAGCCACAGUCGUCCGCACGACUGAAGAUAAAAAGCACGUGACGUUGUCAAUCGAUCUAGGGGCAUGCACUCAGCAGCAGCUGCAGGCGCUCGCGCGGCUGCUUAACGUUCAAGCAAAGCCAGCAGCGGCCGGGUCGGCCCCGAAUGGUGCACCCGGUGCACCGGCUGUGUCAGGCGCACCAAAAGCUACCACAACUCCGGCCCCAAGUGCGAGUGGCGCGAGCAGCAGCGCGUCCAACGCCACUGCCACUGCCCCGGCUCAAGCUCCAGCUGCUGCGCCAUCGGCGUCGACGGCGGCGCCGGCGCCAGGUGCAGCCAGUGUGCCUGUCGCACCUGCACCUGCACCCCCCGCCGCAGGCACAGGGGGCGCAGCGCCGACCAACCCCAACCCACCAGCGUAGAGGCUGCAUAUCCCAC